AGCAGCGCCAUCUUCAGUUUGAGCUUAGCGCCAUGGACAACGCGGAGAGUUUCGAUCCAGAGCUUGAGGCGGCCCUUGCCUUGUCUCGCGUGGAUUUCUUUGGCGCUGCGGAUGACGACUUGGCGCUGAUCGCAGCGUUAGAGGCGUCUCAGGCGGAUGUGAGGACGUCCGCUGACACAGACCUGGACCGCGCGCUUGAAGCUUCGCUGUUUGCCUCCGCCCUAAGCGGAGACGAGGAUCCCAAAGAGGUGGAAGAGGCGUUGAUAGCCUCGCGGCAGGAACACCAGAAAGAUGCCAAGAAGAGGGACUUGAUCAGAAAACAGGAGGAUGGGUCCGACCUAUUUCAGGCGGCCCUGCGUGCCAGUCGCGUCGACCUGGGGCCGCGCGGCAUUUCCCAAGUUGCAAAGAUUAUGGCGACUGGCGAUCCGAAUUUAGGUCAAGCUUCAGUCCUUGGGAAGGGUGGUGAUAGGUUCAAUGGUCGACCGGCGGCGGCCGCCAAGAGUGCCACCCGGCCGGAGGCCAAACGAGGAACUAGCAGUUCGGCUCUGAGAGAAACUGGUGCGGCUCUUGCCCAAGGCAAGCGCUUGACUGGGGACAAAAAGGUGCUUCUGGACGGGAGAUGGUUGGGGAAAGGCAAGGACCUGAUGUCGCAGCUGGAGCGCCUUGAAGAGCUUCGCCCGGGCACUGCCAAGCGCCUGAAGGAAGCCGUUCGGAGCAUCGGACUGGUGGAGGAGGUGGCUGGCCGCACGCGGUGGCUGAGACUCCGAACUUCAGGCUGGCUGGCCAGAGCCGGAGGUUGCUUCUUGCUCCUGCUGGUCGCGGCUUUCUUCGUGGAAAGCUCAGUGUGGGGUGAAAAGUCUACAGAAGUUGGUCAGGAGCAGCAUUCGAGCGUUUGGGACAGCCGUUUCGUGAUUGGCUUGGCGACUGCACACAGAAACCGAGAUGUAAUUUUGAAACACAGGUCAGAAGGCCAUUUUGUGAGAGUGUCAGCAAUGAUUUUUCAGUGA